GAAGAAGAGAACCCCAUCCGACGUUUCCAACCAAAAGUCCAAAACAGAGACGGCUGACUUAACGGCAAGCAAACGGACGUCAACUACAACAACGACGACGAGGACGACGACGAUAACAGAGCAACCAACCCAGCUGCACGAAUAUGUUCAAGGCGCCCACGCUUUGUGUGUGCUAGGUCUGUUCAGCGACUUUCUGUCACUCCAUCUCUCUACCUCUCUCGUCUCUGCCUGCAACCCCUUUUUGUCUUGUAGCGGUAAGAAUAACUAAAAACAAAAGUCUUCGCCACAAUCAUAAGACCCGAAACAUAUCGCCUGAUACUCUCUCCCCCAAAAUCAUGCUGGGAAGCCUUCUCUCGCAAUCCCCUUCAUAUUCGAAAGACCCAAAUUCAGAACCAGCCAUGAAAUCGAAGCGCUCCAAUCGUGAUUCUCCUUCAGACAUAGAAGAAGACGAAGAGGAGGAGGAAGAAGAGCCCGAAGCAGAAGCAGAAUCUUUUGAACAUAAAUCCCGCAAGCGCCAUCAUAGAGAAGCUACGAAUUCCUCCCAAAAAAUCCCAGAAGAAGCCGACGGUGAUGAAGAAAAUGAAACUGGAGAAUCGAGUGGCCUCCGUCUCCUCGGCCUCCUGCUGCAGUGCGCCGAGGCGGUGUCCUCCGACAAUCUCGAUGAAGCGAGCGAUCUCCUACCUCAGAUCUUCGAGUUGUCUUCCCCCUUCGGAUCAUCUCCUGAGCGCGUCGCUGCCUACUUCGCGGACGCACUCCACGCCCGCAUCGUCAGCUCCUUCCUCGGCACCUACUCCCCUCUCUCACUCAGGAACCUGGUCCUCUCCCAAACCCAGAAAAUCAGCCAAGCCUUCCAGUCCUACAAUUCGAUCAGCCCCCUGAUCAAAUUCUCCCACUUCACGUCAAACCAAGCCAUAUUCCAGGCGCUGGAUGGGGAGGAUCGCGUCCACAUCAUCGAUCUAGACAUAAUGCAGGGCCUCCAGUGGCCGGGCCUAUUCCACAUACUCGCGUCGCGGACAAGGAAGAUCCAGUCGCUUAGGAUCACCGGGUUCGGAACGUCCGCCGAGCUGCUGAACGCGACGGGAAAACGGCUGUCUGAUUUCGCGUGCUCCCUGGGGUUACCGUUCGAAUUCAACCCUCUGGAAGGGAAGAUAGGGAACGUGGCCGAUCUGAGAAGCUUGGGUGCCAGGCAUGAUCAGGAAGUGACGGUCGUCCAUUGGAUGCAUCACUGUCUGUACGACAUAACGGGAUCGGACUUGGGGACCCUAAAGCUGCUGAAGUUGCUGAGGCCGAAGCUGGUGACCAUAAUCGAGCAGGAUUUGAGCCAUGCGGGGAGCUUUCUGGGAAGAUUUGUGGAGGCAUUGCAUUACUACUCGGCGCUGUUCGAUGCUUUGGGGGAUGGGUUGGGAGGGGAUAACUGGCAGAGGCAUGUGGUGGAGCAGCAGGUAUUUGGGUGCGAGAUCAGGAACAUUGUGGCGGUGGGUGGACCCAAAAGGACAGGGGAAGUGAAGGUGGAGAGGUGGGGGGACGAGCUUAAGAGGAUUGGUUUUGGUUUGGUCUCUUUGGGUGGGAAUCCAGCCGCACAGGCUAGCCUGCUUUUGGGCAUGUUCCCUUGGAAGGGAUACACAUUGGUGGAGGAUGGUGGAUGUUUGAAGAUUGGGUGGAAGGAUCUCUCUUUGUUAACUGCCUCGGCCUGGCAGCCUCUAUUAUCUCUAGAGGAUUCCCACACAUCCAAGGACUAGUCUCUCUGCAUGUGUGGGUGGGUGGUAGAUUUCUUCUCAACUCCUGCCUUCUCCUUUCUCUCUCUUAAUUCUUUUCUAUUUAUAUAUGGAUUGUAUCUAUGUAUGUAUAUGCACAACGCUUUGAAUCCAAGUUAGCCUCUCGGGUUGUUCAUAGUCAUAUAUGAGUUGAGGCAACUAGGCUGCUCCCGAUGCACAAAAGUUCAAGCUAAAUGAUGCCUUCCAUGUGCUGGUGAUGGCUAGUAGCCUCAAAUAAUAGUUUCGAGGUAAUUGUAAUUUUGAAUGCUUGGGAAUAAAUAGUUGAUGGAUUGACGCAGGACUGUUUUUAGGUGUCUUACGGUAAUUAGGCUCAUUUGAUUGUAGGGGAGUAUACUCGCUGCUUUUUUAUGCUUAUUGGGAAAUGUUAGUAUUUCUUGGAAAUGACUAAUUUUUGUUUGAUUUAUACACAGGCCUUUUUCUGGAGAAUAUUAGAAAAGUUAAAAGUUUUCUUUCGA